AUGCGUGGUGAGUGGGACUGUAUUAUUGUAGGAGCAGGAAUCCUUGGAGCACCACUUGCUACAAUUUUUGGGCGUCAGGAGCGUCAAACACUGCUACUUGAACGCGACACAUCUGAGCCAGAUCGGAUUGUUGGAGAAUUGUUGCAGCCAGGCGGAGUAGCAGCACUGUAUGCACUAGGACUUGAAGAUGCACUAGAAGAAAUUGAUGCAGUACGAGUCAACGGAUAUCACCUGGUAUGGGCAGAACAGCAAGUGCAGGUGCCGUAUGAAGCACACGGAGCGGCACUUGGUGGGCGUUCAUUCCAUCAUGGGCGGUUUGUGCAGCGACUGCGUCAAAAAGCACAAGCACAACGCUGUGUGCAACUACUUGAGGCAACGGCAGUUGAGAUAAUUGAAAACAAAGCAACAGGACGUGUCCUCGGGGUAACCGCACGGUUAAAAGCAACAGGGCAUCUUGAACAACACUUUGCACCGCUAACUGUUAUUGCUGAUGGGUGCUUUUCAGCAUUUCGGAAACAAUUUAUCACAAAACCGGUCAUCGUAAAAUCGAAUUUUGUUGGACUACUACUUAAGAAUGUAGUUCUACCAAUGCCACUUCAUGGUCAUGUUAUUCUUAGCAAACACUCACCCAUCCUCAUUUACCAGUUAUCCACACAUUAUGCACGAAUUCUAAUUGAUGUUCCUGGGAAGCUUCCAUCUAACAAUACAGGUGAACUUAAAAAAUACAUGGAAGAUAUAGUGAUGCCGAUUUUGCCGAAAAACAUCCAAUUUUCAUUUGCAGAAGCUCUUGAAAACCAAAGAAUCCGCUCAAUGCCCAACUGUUUUCUACCAUCAUCACUCAAUAAAAAGCCAGGACUUAUUGUUCUUGGUGAUGCAAUGAAUAUGCGGCAUCCAUUAACUGGCGGCGGGAUGACAGUUGCAUUAAACGAUGUACUUUUGCUUUCGAAUCUCUUAUCUCCAGCAAUUAUCCCGUCCUUUCAAGAUACUGAUCUUGUUUUGCAACAAAUGUAUCUUUUUCAUUGGAAACGCAAAAAGCUCAGUUCUGUGAUCAAUAUUCUUGCACAGUCAUUGUACUUUCUUUUCUCGCCAACAGACCCUUAUUUAAGUAUUCUGCAAAAAGGCUGUUUUGAAUAUUUUAAACUUGGAGGCACUGCUGUUGAUGGUCCAAUUGGUUUAUUAUCAGGCAUCUAUCAACGGCCAUUACUACUUUUUUAUCAUUUUUUUGCAGUUGUUUUCUAUUCUAUUUAUCUCGCUUUAUCUUCAUCCUUCCUCAAUAUUUUUACCGUACCAAUUGUUUUCUUACGAGCAUGUGGAGUUAUAUUUCCUUAUAUUUGGAGCGAAUUAACUAACUGA